AUGGCACAAUGUGUAAAUGCUCUUGAGCCAAUUAAAGAUCAGGCUAUUGAUGAAACAUAUUUAAUGUUAAGAUCAGAAACAAUUAUGGAUCCAACGCAAAAUAAUGGAACAAAACUUGUAAGACACAAACGACAUACAUGUUGUAACGUAUUUCACUGGAAAUGCUGCUGUAAAAGGGAUGGUCGUGAAUGUGUUAACGGUGGCGUGGGUACCGAAUGGUUUGGCGGAAAACAAUGUCCUUAUUAUUCGGGUUCCUGGGAUUGUGGGGGAUGUCAUAUUGGAUGGAAAUGUUAA